GAGGGGCCAUCGGAUCCUGCUGCCACCACUGGAAUGGAGCCCCAGGGAGCCCCUACCUUGGCUAGACUGAUAGCUGCCUCUGGGAACUGAAGGAUUGCCAGGCGACCUUGCUCCUUGAACCUCCAUAGGCACCAAAGGAACCAGGCCCAGCCACUCAAGACCAUGGUUGGGCUUCAGCCUUCAGAAGUGCCUCCGACAACAGUUGUGAAGUUCCUAGGGGCUGGCAUGGCAGCCUGUUUUGCUGACCUCCUCACCUUCCCCCUGGACACUGCCAAGGUCCGCCUGCAGAUCCAGGGGGAGAACCCAGGGGCGCAGAGUGUACAGUACCGCGGCGUGCUGGGUACCAUCCUGACCAUGGUGCGCACUGAGGGUCCCCGGAGUCCCUACAGCGGGUUGGUUGCUGGCCUGCAUCGUCAGAUGAGCUUUGCCUCCAUUCGAAUUGGCCUCUACGACUCUGUCAAACAGUUCUACACUCCCAAAGGAGAGGACCACUCCAGCAUCGCCAUCAGGAUUUUAGCAGGCUGCACCACGGGAGCCAUGGCAGUGACCUGUGCCCAGCCCACAGAUGUGGUGAAGGUCCGAUUUCAAGCCAUGAUACGCCUGGGAACUGGAGGCGAGAGGAAAUACAGAGGGACUAUGGAUGCCUACAGAACCAUUGCCAGGGAGGAAGGAGUCAGGGGCCUGUGGAAAGGGACUUGGCCCAACAUCACGAGAAACGCCAUUGUCAACUGUGCUGAGAUGGUGACCUAUGACAUCAUCAAGGAGAAGCUGCUGGACUCUCACCUGUUCACUGACAACUUCCCUUGUCACUUUGUCUCCGCCUUUGGAGCUGGCUUUUGUGCCACAGUGGUGGCCUCCCCAGUGGAUGUGGUAAAGACCAGAUACAUGAAUGCGCCCCCAGGCAGGUACCACAGCCCGCUACACUGUAUGCUGAAGAUGGUGGCGCAGGAGGGCCCCACAGCCUUCUACAAAGGAUUUAUGCCCUCCUUUCUGCGUUUGGGAGCCUGGAAUGUGAUGAUGUUUGUAACCUACGAGCAGCUGAAACGGGCCUUGAUGAAAGUUCAGAACCCUUCCGGUUUGACGCCUAACAUUUAGGCAAGAGAAAACAACAUCAGAUUCCUUUGGACAAAAGGGAGAUUUGCCAGCUUCCCUGAAAUGUAGGAUUAGACGAUGAAUAAAAAACAGGAAAGGUUGCAAGCUUUGGGAAGAUCAGCUCACUGGAUACCCCAGGGAUAGUUGCACUUCACUACAGGCUGCAGUCACCCAGGCACAUCUGCCCUUCUGUACUGAACCUGCCAAGGACUCCAGUAGGAUGCUGGGGAAAAUGAGAAAGGAAGAAGAAAGCAUUGAGUCCAUACAAGCGAGGCUGACCGGGCCCACCCAGGACACUAGAGGACUGAGGAUGUAUGGUGGAUCACAGCCCCUCCCUAUCUACCUCAGGGUUUUGGGAGGAUCAAGAGAGAAGCAGGGCAUGGAAGCACUUUAUAAAAACAAUGCCCGUCUGCAGUUUAAAGUGAAGACAGUGGUUUAGGAGAGGUUUUGUCCAGAGAGGAAGCCUGAGGAAAAUGCAUUUGUUGUGGUAAGGCCAUCCACACCAGCAUGGUGAGGACCACAGAUGACAGAAGCCGUGAGAACCUGCUGUCUGGUGACCUCAGAGGGCUGUGGGUCAGGACCCACAGUCUUUAUAAAAUUGUUAUGCCUCAAUAAAAGGAAUUCCCACCUUAAGGAAAAUAAGAACGACUGCUUUCCAGCCUUCUCUCAAGUCCUGUUUGUCGGGGUGGCAACAGUCCCAAUUCCACCCUCCUAGACUUCCUUCUUCUCUCUCACUGCCUUUGCCUACAGAGACAAUGCUGUAUCUGGUAAGCUUUCAGCCUUUCAUCUACAAAAGGGAGGGCUGAGUACAGGACCAAUUUCCAAGCUUAAGACUGCACAUCUGGCAACAAAAACGGCUCAGUGGGUCCAAUCCGCAGGACCCACAUGGUGGAAGGAGAGAACUCACUCUUGCAAGUUGUCAUCUGACCACCACACAGGCACCCACGCAUGCAUGUGAAUGUACAUAUGUACAAACACAACAAACAGAGGAAUGAGUAGAAAGAAAAGUUUAACUGCACAUGGCGGUUUGAAGGAGAUGUCCCCCAGAUGCCUCAGGCAUUUGAAUACUUAGUCCCCAGUUGUUAGUGGCUGUUUGGGGAAGUUUAGAAGAUGGGACCUUGCUGGAAGAAAUGUGUCAAUGGGGACUGGCUUUGAGAGUCCAAAGACUCGUGCCAUUCCCAGUUUUUCUAUUUCCUGUUUUCAAUUUAACAUGUGAGUUCACGGUGGCUGCUCCAGCCACUGUGCCUGCUGCCAGACCUCCUUGCCAAGAUGGACGCUUUCUCUCUGGAACUGUCAGUCCCAAAUAAAACUUCCUUCU